AUAUUAACAUAUGAUUAUUGAAGCUCCAUACGUGUUAUUCAUAAUUUGUUUAUUUUGACAGCUUAUGAGCGACGUUUUAAAUCAAAUGUUUUUAUUAUCAUCCACUUUAACCAAAAUAUGCUAAUAGAACUCAAUUUUACGUAUUAAUUUUUAAAUAAUUUUUGCAAAAAUAAAAUAAAUAUGCGUAAUCGACCCCCCGGAUAAUUAAAAUGUUUAAAUUGGAAUCGUAUAUAACACCAAUUUUAUUGAGUUACGUCAAUAGAUAUAUAAAUAAUUUUAAAUUAGAAGAUUCUCAGGUGUCUUUGUGGGGCGGAGAUGCUUCUUUCAAUAAUUUGGAAUUAAAUUUACAAGUACUGGAACAGGAACUUCAGCUACCUUUUAGUUUUGUUUCUGGUAGUAUUAGAGAAUUACUCAUACAUGUACCAUGGACAAAAUUAGCGUCAGAACCAAUUACCAUCACCAUAAACACAAUAGAAUGUAUUUUAAACUUAAAAGGAGAAGAGACUAGAGGGAGAAACGAUGCUUUGGCAUCUGGAAGAGAGAAAAAACCGGGCCAUCAUGGGAAAGAAAUGGAAGCACCUCAGGGAUAUGUGCAAUUAUUAAUAAACAAAAUAGUGAGUAACAUUCGUAUUUAUUGUAAUAAUCUGAUAUUGAAAUACGUUGAAGAAGAUAUAGUUUUGUCUAUGAACGUAAGACAUUUGAAAUUUGAAUCAGCCAACCAAAAAUGGGAACCAGCUUAUAUAGAUGUUUCUCCGGCCGAGGUUAUUUUAAGAAAAGUUAUAACAAUAAACGAUCUAACUUUGUGUUUGGAUAAACGUAACGCUUCUGGUAAAAUUGAGGUCUACCAAGAACCGAUGUUAUAUAAAUGUUCAAUGACCAUGCACCUAUUAAAAAAAUACCAUUCAGCUACAGCUAAUAUAGCAUCAACAACUCGUUUGGAUAUCUACUGCAAUAAUAUGGAAUUUAGUAUGACCGAACAACAAGUACCGAUGUUUAUGAGAUUAUUGAUGUUGUUAUAUGCUCUUCAUCAAAAACAACUCAAACCUGAGUUGAAUGGUACUUCAGACGGUACUAAUACCACACAGGAUUCUAGAGAUACUCAAGAUAAUUCGUUGGGUUGGACCGGUUGGGCUUGGUCAUAUGUAUCUUCGGUUUUACCAGCACCGUGGGACGAUGAUUGGGAUAAUAAAUUUUUACAGGAUCACAAAGGACACACUCUACAUUUUGGCAUUUAUGUCGAUAAUCUUUCCAUAACAUUCAAGAUUUCAGAAACUACCCCAGAUCGAUCUAACUACUACAAUCAAAAAAAACAACGUUACACACCGAUGUUAUGUUUAAAAUUACAAGGUAUAUAUUCUGAAAUUAUAAUUCACGGUUUAAAAUGGUUUAACGCUAUGGGUGGUGUAAGUUAUGCAGUUUUACUACCCCUAGGAGUGUGUAGUUGCUCUUAUAUAGAGAUCGUCGAUGAAUCUGUACAAAUGAACUACUUAAAAAUAGGUUCUGAAACUGAUGGUCAUAAGACGGAUUCUUUAUUCGAUGCAGAAGCUGCGGAAAAUAAAGGGAAAAAAAGGCAGUACAAUACUUCUUGGGACGUUCACAUGACCGUUUAUUCGGAAUCUGUUCUUUUGGAACGCACCCCAGCUUUUUCGUUCGAUUAUUUAUAUCAAAUGGAUAUGCCUAGUGAUACAUCGAGUGAGGUAUUAUCAGAAAUGGGAAGCGAUUUCGAAUUCAGUAAUUUCAUGGAGAAUUCUAGUAUGAGAAUUUGUUUCGGUCCUUUUAAAUUAAGAUUAUGUUCAGGUUUUUUCCAUAGAAUCAGUACGUUGCAAGCUGCUGCUUCUUAUUACGAUUAUCCCCCUUAUGCGAAUCCCAAACCCGAAAAAUCUCUACAAGAACUCCAUCCACCGUCCGAAGAAGAUUUCGAUGCUUUAAACGAAUUUAUUCCAAGUAGGAGUAUGAGAAUAACUUUUUUCGCCCCAAUUAUUGAAUUAGAAUUAAUGGACCAUCCUUAUUUUCAACCUACCAAAGGUAUGCUGUAUAAAAAAAGAAAGAAAUUAAAUACAAUUCCAGUUAUAUUAAAACCACUCCAGUUACCAAAACUGACAUUGGAAUGUCAAUUCUUGGAUAUAAGUCUAACUUAUCCCAUGUACGUCAACCGUUUAGUCCAUACGACUUGUCAAUUACCGGAUCCUCCUAUUCAACUAUUCGAAGCUUGUUAUAAUCGCAAUAAUAUCAAAAUUGUAGGAUUGUGCAGUCGUUUGAUAAUAACUUCCAAUAAUCAAACGACCAUUUUAACCCCUUCUAGUUUCUCUUAUACCACUAAAAGUAUUAAUAAGUCCCAAUAUUGGACUAAUCCUGAUAUCGCUCAUGAAGAAACUACUUUCGAAUCUGAGAGUAUUACAUUAAACGGAACUAAUGCCAAAAUGAUGGUAGUAUUUUAUAUCAUUGGUAAACUGUUUAAAAUGGAUGCAGAAGAAGCUGUUGGUAUUAUGAACAACACAUCAAUUCUAACGGAUGCUACUAAAGAUCACGGUUUACCCUUCAUGGAACUCUGUAUAGAAUCGAUUAGGUUUAAAAAAGUGAAAACUAAUUCGACUGUUUCUAUAGAUGCUAGCUUAGGUUCUAUUAAAGGUUUCAUAUUUGAACCGGUCCAUACGAAGAAUGAUGUUACUAAUUCGAAUGACAUCCAACAAGUAUUAUUCAUAUCUGGUCCCGAACCGAAGUCAGAAAUAGUUCAAGAAGAAACAUCAACGAAAAUUGACAUGUCCGAAACUCCACCUCUAUUUACGGUGACCGUACAAUAUCCAAUAAGUCCAGAUAAUAAGAAACAUCCGCCGAUAUUGCUGUUUAAUCUUCAAGAAAUUAGAGUUUGUGUUGAUCCUCUACUCUGCAGGUGGUUACUGUAUACCCCCAAACAGUUUGGACACAAAUUAAAAACAUUCGAUACCAUUGUAAAAACUAGAAACGUUUCAGAAGCUAGUGGUAGUAUACCAGAAACUUCUCGAAAAACUCCAAUUCAAAUAGAAUCGGUUCAUAGUAGUUCAGAUAGAGAACCGCAUUUCACUUCCAACAAAGCGGAAAUAAGUGAAGAAGAACCAGUCGAUGUACAAGAAAAAAUUUAUAACUUCCUCAAAAAGUGGUUCGACGUGUGGAAGGGAAUGUUUCUCUAUGGAGACGUUUCUCAGUGUACAAUUUAUUUUCCUUUGGUGUCACUAUCCGCUAUUGGGUCUCAGGGUAUCCAGGAAGCCGUGGAUUCGGCAGUGAAUAAAGACCGUCCGCCAGAUAUAAUGGUGAUAACUUUACCAUUUGCAAAUAUUCGUAGUGCCCACCGACAAAGUAUUAAAAAACAUCUGACGUCUUUACCGAUUUCAUUGCCGGACACUAUAUGGUCACCGGAUAAGUCAAGCUUUCCAUGGACUAUGUCUAUAUCGGAUAUGAGCUGUUACACGGUACAGUACGGUAACAAAUUGAUAUUUUUAAAACCAGUUUCUUUGAGCGCCACCGUGGGGUUAUCUACUAGAGCUACUAAAGCCGAAAACGAAUCUACGGAUGUUAUAAAACCCGAUUUGGGAUAUUUAGGAGUGUGUGUACACAUCGACAUGACACCUAUUGUUAUAUCUACGUCCGAGGUACAAGUUUAUUUAUUCGCCGGUGUACUUUACGGUCUCAUGGAGGUAGCGUCGAAUUUAAUGCCGGAAAAAAUUAAACAUUCCUCUUUAAAAACUCCAGAAGUCCUUCCGGCCGUGAUGAGCAAAAACAGUUCGACUUUAUCACCGACUAUAAUGAGAGAAAAUACUGUCGAUUCAGUAAGCGAUAAAACGCCACCUAUCGCCGCGUUAUCCCAACAAGAUACCAUCGAUGAAAGUGUCAAAUUGACAGCUUGGGUACAAUGGACGGUAACGAGAUUCACAAUUGAGUUAUUGUCUAAUGAAUAUAGAGGUUUCAGUGAAGAUUUGGAAUCGUUACAACCGAGAUUGAAACUGGUUGUCGAUGCUGAAGAUAUUGUUAGCUCUUUGGAUUUUCAGAGCGUUUAUUUGAAAAUCAAAAGUAAAAUCGGUUCAGUGUCUAUUCAACAUUACAAAAGGUUAACUUCUAAUUCGAAAUGGCAACCUGGUCCAUUUUCCGGUAUAGUAAUGCGUCUGCGCGAAGACAUCGGUAUGAAUCAACGACACGAAGAUAACGGCUUCGUAAACAUAACUAUAACGAGGGCGAGUUGCCAACAUACGCAUACAUUAUGGGGCGCGGUUCAAAAGCGUUACCACAAGGAACCCAAACGAACGGACCCACUAAAUUCCCAACUUCUAUCCCAAAGCCGUUACAUAACCGAAAUUGUCGUCAACGUACAACCUAUAGAUUUUAUCAUAUCCCUGAAAACUCUACGUAGCUUCUAUUUAGUGGUGGUUCCCCUACUACAGAUACCCCUAAGUAAGGAACCAACAAUUCUCGAUCAAAGCACAACCAUAUUGAACGCUAAUAAUCAAAAUUUACCACUGACUUAUUUGGAAUGUCAGGAUAUUCGAAUAGUCAUACCUUCGGUUGAAUUGCAAGGAAGUGGAAGUUUCCACGACGUUGUCAUAUUUCAAGUGCAGAAGAUUUGCAUGAGUCCUUCAGCAGUUAAUCCGAUUUGUAGGACUCCACUAAGACCAGACAUUUACGAACAAGCAGCACAUGCUAGAAUCUUGAACGUACCAGGAAGUGAAGUAGAAGAUAGACAGUACCAACUGGAUCUACUCGGUAUAUCUAUCUGCACCGGUAUAUGGGAAGAUAUAAAUUCAGUGUUUUCAUCGACCAAUCCCACUUUAAAGGGUUUGAGUGAGAAUCCAGCUUUAGAAUGGAAUAAUUUAGAUCAAGGACAACCAAAUUUUUCUCAACCCAUAUUAAAUCUGUGGCAUAUAACCGAAAAAUUCGAUAUAUCUCUUAUAUUAGCACCGGCUAUGGUGUAUAAAGAUACCACCAUAAUCUGCGGACACUCUUUAGAAAUCAAUCUAGUCACUGAUAUAAUGAUAAAUUUAUCUUUGCAACAAAUAAAGUUAUUAUCGGCUUUAUUAAGCGAAUUUAUAGCCUUAAUGGAACCUCUGGUUGUCGAUGAGAAUUUCGUUAGACCGAAACUGAUAUUACCUUACUCCAGAUCCCGCGACACCACCAUCUACGAAGAAGAAAUCGAAACUUGUGAAUUAUUCAGAGAUUCGGGCAUAGAAACGUCCGAUAUUAAAAGUUUGUCUUCGAGAUUAUUGAAAACUUUGAGCGAAAGCGAAAGAUACGUUGUACCGAAAAGUACGACUUCGCUUCUCGGUUAUUGCAUCCCUUUCGACGUACUUUUCACGGCGGGAAAAAUCAGUUUAGGUCUUCACCAAGUGCAUAUACCACCAAACGGCAGCCAACAGGCGAAAAAUAAAAGAAGAAGGUCUCAAAAAGUAGAUAACGACGAAGCGGGAUACGAAGCGGAAGAAGAAGGGAUAGUUGAUAAAGAAAACAAUUAUAAUCAAUACUUACCUCUUGUUUAUGUUAGCGUUAAUCAACCGAAUCUGUAUUUGAAUAAAAAACAGUUGAUUCGGGUAAUGCAAUUGACUUGCUUCGAUUUGAGAUUGAAAUUGAGCGGUCCGGAAUAUCCACCUAUUAAUCACGUUCCUAAUGAAGAAGAUUUUCCUGUUAACAUUGUGGAAACUAGAUCCGGUACUCCGGAUGUCAACACCGGUAUUUUCCCGGCGUUUUUCACUGGGAAAUUUUCUAAAGGGGUCAGUAAGAAUGCUACUAUCGAUAUUGAAAUUUCUAAACCGACGAAAAUUUUGUGUUCCACUUCGAAAUGGGGAUAUUUGUUGAUUGUGAAAGAUAAGGUACUGGAUGCGUUCAAAGGGAACAAAAAGGAUCUAAUAGUAAUGUCUAAAAGUAUAAAAAAGCAAAUCAGUACCGAAGACAUAACGACGUCUGUACCUAGUAUAAGUAGCAGAAACAAAAGUACCGACACCUACGGUAAAUUUCAAGAAAUAAAAGACACCCUCGGUGGUACUAACGUAGUUAAUGUCAAUUUUAAUCAACUAAUAAUUGCCAUACAAUCCGAUUCUGGACAUGAGAUACACUUCGGCGUGGAAAAAAUGUUAAACACCGUAUCGUUGUUGUCUCGACCGGAAAAAAUAUCAUUAAAAACGAAUUUACAUUGCAUAACGUUAUCGGUUAUUAACGGAGUGUAUAAAAAACUUUUACUGAAUCCUUGGACUGUUUCUAUCGACGUUUCGGUGUUUUGGGAAUCUUGGCAGACUCCUGACAGCGAUCCGCAGGUUCAAAUCAGCGUCGAAAGCGAUUGCGUUAUAGUGGAUGUUGGUUCUGAGCAGUUGAAAUGCCUCCAAGUUGUUAUUAAAGAGAUCAACGAAUUCGUUUCUACAUUACCAUUCACGGAAAAUGUUCAUAGCGAAGUAGCAUCCGAACCAUUAUCUGGUAGGGGAUACGAAAAAGAUCAACACUAUAAAGACGAUUUGAGAGCUGGGGCUUUCCAAUUCAUAGAUGCUGUUACGGAAAAUACAGAGGAGCUGCCAUUACCAUAUCAGGUUAUGUUUUGGAAUAAAUCCAUAUCGGCAAUGGCUUGGCGUUACCCCCAACCUAGAGCGUUAACAAAAGUGAGAGUAUUCCCAGUACCGUACAAAAUGACACUGGGAUAUCAAGAUGAUUCACAAGUACUCUGCCAUUUGGAAUAUUGGUCCGAAUGUAGAAAUUCUUAUUUACCUUUUACGCAAUUUUAUUUGUCCGAAAGUGAAGUUUGUCACCUGACGUUACCCGAAACCAAUCCUCAACCGGUUGUGGCUUCUACAUGGAGAGUGGUUAUAACCAUGGUGAAUAACAACGAAGAUCAAUCCACGAAUGUUUUGAUAUCACCAAGAGCGCUUGCGGCUUGCAUGAGGAUAGAUUCCUACUUCAACAAAUCUUUUAUACCGAAUUUAACAGCGGCAUUGUAUAUAACCAAAAUCGAUCUUUCCUUCUAUAAUUAUUUUGAUAGAUACACAACUACCAAACUACCGGAUUAUCUAAAAAACUACACUCCGGAUUACAUGUUCCCGGAAAAUCAAAGAUUUUUAACUCUUACUCUGUAUAACAUAACCGGUUACUUAUUAAACUGGGAAAUGGAUUACGUGUCGUCGGAAUUGAGCGCCGCUGUUAAAUGCAACGUCCUGGAUUACAAUUUUUUAACCGAACAAACUUUCAUCGAACCGUUCACCUGUAAAUUGGAAGCGAUAAUUGCAGAAAAAGUCAAAUUCAAUUUUAUAUCGAAACCGGUGCAAAUUAAAAUCGGACCUAACGUCGCUCAUUGUUUAGCUGUAGCGACCCAAGUUUGGGAUCAGAAUUAUUCUACUGCGAAUAAGGAAAAUGAUUUUUUGGUAAUGACUAAUUUCAUCAUCUGUAAUGAUACUGUUAGCGGGAUAAGAUUCGGUCAAGCAGGUACCGAAGAAGAUAUACUCUUGUUGUCGAGACAGUUCCAUUUGUAUUCGUGGAGAUCUCAAAAGAAGAAGCAGAAACUUAGGAUAGCAUUAGAAGAAAAUGAUUGGGUUUGGUCGAGAUGUUUUACCAUUUCCGAAGACAAAUUGGAAAUAAUAGAAUUUAGUACUGACCGUAAUAUCUCGGUAUUCGUAACUGUACAAUCUUUAUCAGCUACUCAGAAAAAAAUCACAAUUUUUGGCCAACUUAUAGUAUCAAAUAUGUUAUUGGAACAUUUUGAUAUGAAAGUAGUAGAAGCCGUUAAAGAAAAUAAAGAUAUAGAAUUUAAAAAUACUCCAACGAUAUUAGUUCCUUCGCAUAAUAACACUCCCUCCAUAUUCAUCAAUGGUAAAAAGAAAUACUUUUUACGGUUGAGGUUCUUCGGAUUGGAUUCGGCUUGGACAGGAGACAUACCGUUGAUGGAACACCAUACCGGUAGCCAACCUUGGUUGGUUAAAGUGCCUUUACAAGAGAGGGGACAAUUCCUCAGCAUCUGGUGCCGUAUCAUUACUCAAGACAUAAACCAACAUAAAAGGAUACUAGCAGUCUUAUGGCCUUUGUUUACAGUAAAAUCCAAUUUACCAAUUGAGUCUCAAGUUCAUAUCGAAACUCCAACUUUGAAUGUUCAUCUUGAUUGUAGAGUUGAGGGUAGGGGGAGGAUACAACAACUUUAUUGUCCCGGGACCAUAGAUCAUUCGCAUCAGCUUACUUUUAGGAUUGAUAACAAUGAAACUUAUUCAAAUCCAUACAUUCCACUAAACUACAGUCUCGUUGAUCAAGAUACAUUUUUCAAGAAACCAGAAAAAGUAGACAUCGAAACUAUUUUGAUAACAUUGAAAAAUUUCAAUGACAAAUCGUGGCCGUAUUUCGGAGAAGAAUUGGAUGAAAUCGAUUGGGUAGUUGAAGACCAACCAUUGACACACGUUCAGGUUAGAUAUCAAAACGCCUGCCCGUAUUCGUGUUCUUUACUAGUUGAACUUCUACCUUGGUGUCUAACGGUUAAUACCUUGGGAGUACCGAUUUCUUUAAUGUCGAAUGGUACGGAAUUAUGUAGGAUACCACACCACGGAAUCGUAGCUCCACCAAAACUAGAGGACAAUUUCAAUCUGGGUACUUGCAUGGGCGGUUCUUGGUAUUAUUCGGAACCGCUUCAGCUCGCCAAAUCCGAUUGGAGUCAAGCUUUUUACAUGCCCAAAAUAACCGGUACCAUACCGCAAACCGGAUUUAUCAAAACCGUUAUCAAUUGCGAUAAUAACAUAUGCAGCGUAUUGAUAUCCAGUUCGGUUAACAACGAUAUGAGAUUAUUGAAAAUUUCGUCGACGCACGUUUUAUCGAACCACAUGGGUACGCAAGUGCAGGUGAUAUGUUUGGCGGUACCGGAAGGUGAAAAAUUCUAUGAUUUUCCGGAUAAUAUCGAACCGUAUAGUUUUACGUUGGCCCCGUAUCUUAAUAAAACCAGUUCUGGUGUUUCAAUAAUCAAAUGGCACACAUUGGCCAACGAACUAGAUACAGUCAGUAACGAUUACGUAUUAUAUUUAUCGUUUUGUGUAAGUUCUGAUUUAGGAUGGUCGUGUCCAGUUAGAGUAGACAAAACUUUUUUAAAACGAUCGAUUUGCAUAACAUCGACAACGCAUCCUAUACCAGCCGUUUUGACAUGCCAAGAACACAAAGGACAAUUAUAUAUUUCCUUACACAACGAUCCUAGACCUCAAUUAUUGAUAAUAAACAAAACAGGUGUAACUUUUUAUUGCGCCCAAUCAUUAACAGAAUACGAAGUAAUAGAAGAAACUCAACAUUUUAAAUGGUACUGCAAAAUAGCUCCCCAUAAAGACCAAUAUUACAACAUGUCUUUGUUAUCUGAUAAAUUCCCGGAAUUACCGCAGUUUCAUUACACUGAAAAAUUGGCUCUUGCAAGCGAAUCCGAUAAUGGUGAUUACCAGUGGUCUACUAAUUUUAGUUUAACUCACGAUUACGAACAAUAUCUUAGGAUACCAUUUUAUGGUGAUAUACAUAUAACAGUCGUUAAUACAGCUUGUACUACAUUUUUGAUAUUAGAUUCCGGAAGCGAGAUGGAAAUAAGUGCUAGUGAUAUACGUGUGAGAUUAAGCAUGCAAGAAGUUAGAGUUCCACCAAUAAUAAAGGGAAAAACAAUUUCGGAACCACUACAGCUAUCGAAACUGUAUGACCCAGAAGAGCUACCAAGGUCUUUGUCAGAUACUGUAAUACCGAUAGAGAAUCAAAAUCAACGGUAUAAUACCAAAAAUCGUUCAAAAGAAUACAAUUCUCUAGAUGAAUCAUUGGAAUCGAAAAGGAGAUGGUCUGAGUCUAACGUUUCCCUAUUAUCACCGAAAACAAAAUCUCUAUUAGUACGCACUUUACCCAUGAGUAAUCAGUGGGACUGUUUAAAUUUCAAUGCUUUUAUAAAUGCUUUUACUGUGAUAUUUAUUUCUGGAUUAAAAGCAGAAGGAACAGAAAGGUGGGAAGUUGCUAGUUUGGUAUUUGAUAAUAUUGUAAUUGUGGCUUCACAAACUGAGAAAAUGAAAUUGAAAGUUUCUGUAGCUGCGAUUCAAUUCGAUAACCAAUUAUAUUCAAGAGAAUCCUAUGAUUUUCCUGUCAUGUUGAUUGGACAGGAUACAAAAGAACUGAACACUAGACAAUCCUUAAACAUUCCGAUAGAAAAUUUGAUACAGACUGCUAAUGAAGACGAUUUAUUCAUUUUAGAUAUUGUAUUGGAAACGUGGAGAGAUAAAUAUCUCAUGAACGACUUUACAGGUGCAAAAUCUGUAAAUAUUAUAAUUAAUCCAAUAUCUUGCUUCGUGGAAGAUAGAUAUAUAACAAAAUUAAUGGAUUAUUUCAACGUUUUUAUACCUACAAAACUUAUUUUAUGGCCGGAUAAAAAGAUUCCUUUUAAAUUAAACGGAACACCCGGCUCGGUUAGUGUACCAGAACUUGUUUCAUGGCAAUGUGCUAUUAUUGCUAAACCGUUGACUAUAAGAAAUUUGAGCAUAGCACCGAUUUCUUUAUUGUUAUCGGUACAUUCCUCAAUAAAGUUGUAUAUAGCUUUGGAUCAAUCCCCAUUGCAAUUUGGGAGCUUCGAAAGGAGAAGGAUUGUAACGACGCCUUAUAGGCUGGGCCAUGCAUUGACGAUGCAUUAUCUUUCUGGAGCAAUAUUUGGUGCAGGCUGGGUAGUCAGUUCUUUGGAGCUUAUCGGUAGUCCAGGCGGAUUAGCCCGAGCUAUGGGUACAGGUCUAAGGGAUUUCGUUAGCCUACCUUACAGAGGUUUGGUUGUAGGUCCGAUGGCAUUUUUAAGAGGUAUAACCCAAGGUUCGGCAUCUUUAAUGAAGCACGUUACUGCUGGAACCCUACAAUCAGUCACAAAAUUAGCUUCGAGUGUAGCUAGAAAUUUGGAUAGAUUAACCUUGGACGAAGAGCACGUAAAAAGAACCGAGGAACAAAGGAGACAAAGGCCACAAGGCUUAGCUCAAGGCUUCUUACAGGGCUUAACUGGUUUGGGUAUAAGUCUUCUUGGAGCUAUAGGUGGAGUAGCUCACCAUCCCCUUCAAUCGAUGAUCAGUGAUGGAGCAUCUCCUAGAUCUUUAGUAACCGGUGUAGGUUUAGGACUCGUUGGAAUGGUUACGAAACCUUUGAGUGGAGCUGCGGAACUUGUAGCUCUAACAGGACAAGGUUUGCUACAAGGUGCCGGUUGGACAUCCCUUCCUGAACCACGAACUAUUCCUUCUGUUGAUAUAAUAAGUCAAAAUAUAAAUUCAAUUUUGAAAUAUAGUUGGAAGAAUAUUCAAACUCUAUCCCCUUCCCAUUUAUUGUACGUUACAGAGGCUACUAAUAUCUCCAAUUCCUAUCAAUAUGAAGCAACGGCUCUAAUUUUAACUCUCGAGAAUUUAAUCGUGAUCAAUUUGAAUGAAGAUUUGACCCAACGAGUAAUAAAUUUAGCUGAUUUGUCGAUAUGUCCUAACAAUGAUCCUACUUUGUUAGUUUUCAAGUUGACUUCGCCUUUGAAACAGCCGACAGUCGAAGAAGAUGGGGCAAUGGAAAUGGAUCCUGUAAGUAGAGCGAGAGUAGCUGAAUACGUUAAAAAUACCGUUGGUGUAUUACAUUUACCAGAUACUAAUGAAAUAGUGGACCGGACUAAUUUUGAUAUCUCACCACUCUCUUCUCCUAGUGUCAUUAGUGAAGUUUCAACGGAAUCUACAGUAUUAACUUACUAUGUUAAUUUACAAAGUAGAAAUUAUUUUAUUUGUUUGUUAAAUAUUGCCAAACAACAAAGGCAAAAUUACAACUUUCCAAUUUUGUGAAUUUUUUAUCAAAAUGAAAACGUUGGUAUAAUAAAUAUUUGUUUUUA